AGAACGUCUGCCAUGCUGCCGAUGUUUCAUUUAUGGCUGAAUUUUCUAGUUUUGCUGGGAAACUUCGGUACAAUCUUUGCUGAUGAAGUUCCGAACAAUUUGGCUUUUAUACAAGGUUACCCAUGCUCGGAAUUGGACAUUAGGAUUCAAAAAUCCGAAAAGACUCCUUUUCCACGAGAAUGCGACCAGCUCUGUGCACGCACUGGAAGUUGUGAGUCAUUCACGUGGUCCCGAACAAACAGCUCGUGUGUCCUUUUCGCGACUACUCUGCAGAAGGAAUGUUUCGUGCGAGAUGACAACCAGUUUUGGUUUGCAAAGAACUUUGCAGCUCAUCGUGGGAUGUUUUCCGAUUAUGCAAUAUUGACAAAGAGCAAUGGAUAUGGAGGUUUGGGAGUUGACCCUUUGUCUCCUUUCAGAAAUUGCAUCGUCCAUGAUGCAAAAAUUUGGUCUGAAGCUAAACAAACGUGCAGUGAACUUGGACUCAAGCUUUUUUCGCCUGAAAAUCUGGAUCAGUUUUCAAUGAUCCAAAGCCAAAACUGUGCUGGGAUCCCCAAUGAGGAUCUUUGGACUGGAUAUUACAGAGAUCCAAACAAUGUAGAAACCGGAGACAUUUCGUAUGCUUCGGAAGACCUGCGGAUAUUUCCGGGAGAUCCAAUGUGGUCUAAAAGUAUGGAAUUUGGAGGAAAAGAAUGCGUUCUUUACAGUUCAAAACAACAAGAAAACUCACUAGUCGUUAAAAAUUGUGCUUUCUCGUUCAAGUUUGUAUGCAUCGAUGAUUCGUUUCCCAGAACUUGCGCGAACAAUGGAAACGUUCCACUGGGGAUGGAACUUCUUCGACUGGCUUCGUUUGGUCCUAUAAAUGGUAACUACUAUCGAAGUUUUCUAUCCACUGCGCCCUGUGAGGAAAAACAUGCAACUUUUGUGGGAAGUUCGACAUACGUGGACGAGACUAACUUCAACGAAGUUCAAAGAGUAGCUCGACUUGUUGAACCGAAUGGCAACUUCGACGACAAAAUCGCUCUAAAGUUGAGCGAUGAGAAUUAUCAAGUACUGAGAACGGGAAAAAGCAGUUUCUACGACCCAGAUGAUGAUGCUGAUGUGUUGCACCUGUGCAAGACUGAUUUCUUCGCAAGCAGGCAGAUGGUCCGUCUCUCAGACGCUCAAACCUUUUGCGCAAUGUACUCGGGUGAACUGUUUCCAAAACAGGACAUCAGCCAAGAAAGAAUGGCAACAUUGCGGGCAAUGGAAUGUGAUUGGUCACUUUUCAAGGACGCUGAUGAAGGUCUGGCUUUUCACAUGACUGAUGAAACUCAGGAUGGACAAUCGCAACUUCUGCUGGACAAUUUAUGGGAAGAAACUGAAGACUUAGAGACUAUUGGUAAUCAGUUUCGUCACGCCCUCUGUCAGGUUUCACAAAUUCAGACAAGCUCCAAUCAAGUAUGGAUUUUUGAUGGAAAUUACGAAGACGACGACUCAUCACAAUUGGAGAAUUAUCACAACUAG